AUGGAAGAUCCAAAUGAUGCAGCCAUUGGCUCUAUCGAUGUCGACCUUGAUACCCAGGAGAUACUACUAGCUGCAUCGCAGCACGAUGUUGCAAAACUGCGCGAGUUGAUUCGCAACAAUGCAAAGGAAGAGAACCCCGCCAACGCGAAAGACCCAGAGACAGGGUAUACACCAUUGCAUGCAGCCAUAGCAGCAUGCGAGCCCGAAAAGACCAAUGUUACGAAUGGAGAUGCCGCUGAGCAUACUACAAGUGAGCAGGAGACGAUAGAUGGCGGGGUAAAGACCGUGAAAUUCUUACUUCUGGAGGGGGCUAUAUGGAAUGAUCUGGACGCCAAUGAUGAGACACCCGGAUGUAUGGCUAGAAGGCUUGGCCUUACGGAGCUAUACCAGCUGAUGGUUGACGCUGGAGUGCGUGCAGAACUGCUAUUAAACCGGCUGGAAGGAUAUGAGCCGUUGGAAGACGAAGAGGAAGAAACCGAGGCUACGGAAGAGAAAGACACGAAGAAUGAUGUUGCUGAAGGCGAAAAACUGGCCGAAAACGCCGAGGCCGCGGCUGGGGAAGAGGGUGUUCAAGACCCAAGUGUUAGCAAUGAGCAUUACCUAAGUUCCGGAUUGACAUUCCAGGAGAAUAGGUUGUUGGAUGGAGACAAGAACGGAGUGAUGAUGGCGUGGGAAACUGGUAUAAUGGAGAAGUCGGCUAAGGCAUUGCUCUCUACACCGGGUCUUAGGGUGUUGAAUGUCGGACAUGGCAUGGGAAUCGUUGACGGAAUUCUACAGAGCCUGAAACCGAAUGUUCACCACAUCAUCGAAGCACAUCCAGCUGUGGUAGCGGACAUGAAGAGCAAGGGAUGGCAUGAAAAGGACGGAGUGACCAUCCACGAAGGCAGAUGGCAAGAUAUCUUACCCAAACUUGCCGCUGAAGGGGUUAUUUUUGAUGCCAUCUACUAUGACACUUUUGCCGAGUCGUACUCAGAUUUCCGUGACUUUGCAUCAGAACACGUAAUAGCAUUGCUCGAACCUGAAGGAAGAUGGAGUUUCUUCAAUGGAAUGGGAGCCGAUAGACAGAUCAGCUACGACGUGUACCAGAAGGUGGUAGAGAUGGACCUGAUGGAGGCUGGAUUUGACAUCGACUGGACAGACAUCGCAGUGCCUUCGCUCGACGGCGAGUGGGAGGGCGUCAGGAGGAAGUACUGGGUUAUUGAAAACUACAGGCUGCCGUUGUGUAAAUAUUCUGAGUAA